UUGAAGUUUCAUCAUAAGGGCUUCUUAUAUCUUCCCUCCUAGAAAAUGGCCGGCAUACAAAUCUUACUUGCGCGAAAAACACCAUGAGAUGGGCAAGGCAGCCAAAGAUAUGGAGAUUUGUGUGUUUUAUUUCAUCAGUUGUUGGCUUUCUGUGUUAUGCUCUCAGCUCUUCCUUCAAUCAUCUAUUUGGAAAUUGGAAUUUGUUGAAAAUAUCCCUUUUUACCGUUUUCGGUCUCCUUAUUUGCCUCGCCAUCUUGUUUGCAAGAACAAGCCACACCUUGGGAACUAGUCUUCCAUUUAAAACUCAUUUGGUAUUUUUGGUUUUCGCAACCUCCACGGUUUAUUCUUUCUUUUUUGAUAAAGCUAAUGGAAAACCAGAUUUGUACUGUCUUAUUUCCUAUGUUGCUUUUGCUAUCAUGUCUCUUUGUUUGUCAAAGCAAACUCACUUCGGAAUUGAGGUUGAUCUCUUAUAUUUUUUCUGCGGAUGCUUAACUUUGCAACUUAUGAAGAUUAAAUUGUUUUUAGUCAUCGUUGGAUUGAGUUUCAGUUAUUCCCUCAUCAUUCUUCGUUUUUAUUUAUCUUACACUAUAGAAGGUGGCAAUCAUGGACUCCAAAUCCAAGAUCAACAUUCUCUAGUCAUUCAAGUCCAUGUAGAUUUAGAAGAAUCCAACACAGCUGCGGAAAAUGCUCAUCUUAUUGAUAUCCAGCCACAAGAAGUCAUUUAUUCGGAAAGUCCUCCAAUUAUGAAUUCUAAUGCCCUUCAAGAAAAUGCUCAUCUUAUCGUGCCACAAGAAACCAUGAAUUCUGAAAACGUUCCUAUUAUGAAUUUUGUUACCUCGCAAGAAAACACACAUCUUAGCAUGCCACAAGAAGCCAUUCAUUCUGAAAGUGCUCCAAUUAUGAAUGCUGCACAAGAAAAUGAGGAGGUUACUCAAGUAAGUUCCCAAUUACAACACAAUAUUGCACGAUUAAACAAACAACGUUCCAUCACUAGCUUAGUGAAAGAGAAAGAGAGAGGUGGGAUUGCAUCUCUGGUGAAAAAAUUUCCCUUUGGAGCUAAACCAUUGCGUGCAUUGCGCAAGUCAAUGAUGCACACAUCCAAAUCAUUAUCACCCCAUGACUAACUUUGGGAUAGCUUUGACUACUCCAAAAUAUAUUUUUUAUUUUAAUAUGGAAGACACCUAUGUACAAUGUAACAAAAUUAAGUAUUUAACAUCCGCUCAUAGUCUUGUUUGUUUCUAUGUGUUGUGAAAAUGUAUGAUAUCGUGUAAAUUAUGAUUAAUUAUAUGAUUGUUUAUUUUC